ACCCCUAAACAACGUCAAGAAAAACCUUGAGCACUAAAAUCAAUAGAAGCAAGAAAGAAAGAACUCCAAAAACACUGAGCAGAGCUCAAAAGAAUUAAAACUUCUUAAAAAUAAAAAAAGAUGAACUUGUUUAGGUUAGCUGGAGAUAUGACCCACCUGCUAAGCGUAGUGGUUUUGCUUCUCAAGAUCCGCAAAAUGAAAUCUUGUGCUGGAAUUUCGCUGAAGACUCAAGAACUGUAUGCUAUAGUUUUCCUCACUCGGUACCUUGAUUUAUUUGUGAUCUACCGCUCUUUUUACAACACUAUAAUGAAACUAGUAUUUAUCGGGACUUCAGUUGGAAUUGUCUGGUACAUGCGUUACCAUAAAGUUGUGAAGCAAACAUACAGCAAGAGUGAAGAUACUUUUAGACAUUAUGUUCUCGUUCUCUUGUGCUUUGCCCUUGCCCUUUUGGUCCACCGUUCCUUUAAUGUGAUUGAGGUGUCAUGGGCAUUUUCAAUUUAUCUUGAAGCGGUGGCUAUCUUACCCCAGUUGCUAGUGCUGCAAAGAUCAAAGAACAUUGAUAACUUGACUGUAAAUUACGUUUUCCUUCUUGGUGCUUACCGGACCUUGUAUAUCUUCAAUUGGGUUUAUCGUUUUUUCACAGAAGGAGUUCAAGUCCGCUGGAUACCUUGGAUUUCAGGCCUUGUUCAGACUGCUUUAUAUGCUGACUUUUUCUACUACUAUAUUAAGAGUUGGAAGAAUCGAGAGCAGCUUAAGCUGCCUGCGUGAGUUAUAAAGAGCUUAAACGCAAGUAGCACGAAACGUGUUGAGAACUUUGCGUUUCGGAUAUAAAAUUUGAUCUUUAACAGAGGGAACCUUAAAAUAAAACGUUCCACCAUGUCCAUGUCCAUGUCCAAGUAUCCCGUUUUUCCAUAUCCGUGCUACAUCGACUUGAAGGUUUUAUAACAAAAAAGAAAAGUUCAUGCAAUUGUAGUGGAUUGCAUAUGACAUCUAGUUUAAAUAGAGGAGAUUUAGCUUUAGUUGCUUAUAACCUUGAGUUUAUGCACUGUUCGCCCUUGUAAUGUUGUUUAUAUGUAAUGUUGUUUAUAAAUGAAAAUUUAAAGGUCCUACAUGAAUACAAGUUGAUAACUCA